CUCUUUUCCACAUGUCUAGCUCCAAAUGCAGGGAUUUGUCCACUCCUUUAUCAACCCAGCUGGUUACGUCAUAGCUACGCAACCAAUAUGGCGACACAGUAACGCGAACGAGAUGAUCGCAAUGCCAACAAAAUGAGGCUUCUGCGUUGCUGCUUUGGGAUUCGGCGAAAGUUCCUCAUUUUCCCACUUCUGCUGAUCCUCUUGGUCGGAGCAGCCUUGACAGCUCUGUUGCCCCCUGCUGAGGACCAUGGAGGUGUUGUUGGGGUCCUGGGAGUACUGCGCAGGGCAGCCCCGCAAAAGGGGAAUCCUGCUCAGGCUCAACUUGCAGACACCUCAGAGGAGGAGAAGUUUACCAUCAUCAUCCAAACUUACAAUCGCACAGACAUUUUACUCAAACUCCUGAACCAUUAUCAGGCUGUGCCUCAUCUUCAGAUGAUCAUCAUAGUUUGGAACAACAUCAGGGAAGAGACACCGGGGAAGCUGUGGGAAUCCUUGGGUCCUCAUCCAGUCCAGGUUAUCUUCAAAGAACAGGCGAGCAACCAAAUGCGAAACAGACUCCAGCCCUUCCCUGAGAUUGCCACUAAUGCUGUCUUAAUGCUGGAUGAUGACACACUCGUUAGUGUUCCUGACGUCACUUUUGCUUUUUCUGUGUGGAAGCAAUUUCCAGACCAAAUAGUCGGAUUUGUCCCACGGAAACACGUCUUCACAGCUGGAGGAGUUUACAGUUACGGCAGCUUUGAGUUGCAGAAUCCAGAAGUGGCUGGAGGAGACAUGUACUCCAUGGUUCUAAUCGGUGCUGCCUUCUUCCAUCAGCGCUACCUACAACUGUUCCAGGAUCAGCCUAAACAAGUGCACUCCUUAGUUGAUGAGACCCAAAACUGUGAUGAUAUAGCUGUGAACUUUGCUGUUGCUCUGUAUUUAAGAAAAUACUCAAAGUCCAGCCCAAUCCAUAAACCUUCUGGGAUCUUUGUCAAGCCUGUCGACCUUCGCAACCUUGAGAAAGAUGCCAGCAGUGGAUAUCAGGGAAUGUGGCAUCGUCCUGAGCACCUUCUCCAGAGAUCGUACUGUCUGAACCGGCUGACACAGAUUUAUGGCUUCAUGCCGCUCUGCUACUCCAACCUCAUGGUGUCCCAGUUUGGUUUCCCAAGCUAUGCAAAUCACAAGAGUAGGGGAUGAAGAUGUAACAUGUCGCUGUUUUUGUUUAAAAUUAGAGACGAGACUCAUGAGGAGUUUGGUAAGUUUGGCUGGUACCAUUUCACAUGCCAAUCAGCUGAUGCUUUUAGGCUUGUGUGACGUGAAGGUAAUUCCCAUCGUAGGUAGACUGUGAUGGGAACAUAGUCUAGUCAAAUGUAAGAAUCCAUCUUAGAUAAGGUUACUUAGUGGAUUACAAUCAACUGGAGAAAAUCUAACAGGAUUACUCAUAGUAUUAUUUUAAAUCCAAUGCAUGCUUAGACAAUCAUUUGUAUGGCUCAUCUUUUAAACUAUUGCAUGUAAAUUGGUUAAAUAAAAGUGAUCUUUUCCCUUUUUUAAACACAA